AUGGAAAUGGGAGAAUUUGUUCCAAUUAAAGUGGAGAAAGAAUCCGGAUCGAUUAAGGAGGAAGAAAUUACGCUAAUCGAUACCCAGUUGCAUGUUAUAAGAUCUGAUCUAACAAUCACCAAGAAUGACGGACGCUCCUCUAGUGAGAUAACUGCACUACCAGAUGGGACAUGUGUAGUGCAAGGGAAUCCUGCAACCAACAACAAUAUCCAUGAAACCAUAGCAACAGAGCCGGCUUCGGCAGUGGACGGUGACAUUGCUGCGCCUAGCUCAAGUAAGACGAAUGAAUUGGACACGAACCCUAUUGAUUCGUUCCAGUGUGACCAAAAUGACGAAACGUUGGGCACAGACCUCAAGCUUAAGAACAAUAAUACGCAUCAAACAGAGAAAAAUAAUUACAAUACGCAAGACACCACGGAAAGCUCCUAUAAAUGCCACAUUUGCGGGAAAGUGGUCGGGUUCAAGUCCUCCCUUGCAAGACAUACGCGCCUCCACAGUGACGAGCGACGGUACAAAUGCGACAUCUGCGGUAAGGAAUGCAUAUCAGUGAGUAAGCUUAACGAGCACAAGAAGUAUCACACAUCCGGUGAGAACGAACUGUUCAAGUGCGACUUUUGUGGGAAAGACUUCGCUUAUCGCUCUUCCCUCCUGAACCAUAUGCCAGCUCACAGUAACGAGCGUGGGCACAGAUGUGACGUUUGCGGUAAAGAUUACAAAUCAGUAUAUAUUCUGAAUCGACACAAGAAGUGUCACACAACCCAUGAGAAAGAACUGCACAAAUGCGAAAUUUGCGGGAAAAGUUUCGUGCAUCGCUAUGUAUUCGUAGAACAUUUGGACACCCAUAGUGAGGAGCGACGGUACAAGUGUGAUAUCUGCGGCAAGCAACAUAAGACAAAAGGUGGUCUCAACAAACACAAGAAAGCACAUAACGGCGAACAAUCGUUCAAGUGUGACGAACAAACGCGCCUCAACAAAGACGAGCGACGGUACAGAUGCGACAUCUGCGGUAAGGAAUCCAAAUCAGCAGCUUAUCUUAAUGAGCACAAGAAAUAUCACAUACUUGCUGAGGAUGAACUAUACAGAUGCGACUUUUGUGGGAAAGGUUUUGUUUGUCGCUAUUUGCUCUUGAAACAUGUGCACGUUCACAGUGACGAGCGACCGCACAGAUGUGACAUCUGCGGCAAAGAUUUCAAAUCAUCAAUUGGUCUGUCUCAACACAAGAAGUAUCACACAACCCAUGAGCAUGAACUGCAUAAAUGCGCCAUUUGCGGGAAAGGUUUCGUGCAUCGUCACGCACUCGUAGAACAUGUGGACACUCACAGUGAUGAGCGUCGGUACAAGUGCGAUAUAUGUGACAAGCAUUACAAGACAAAAGGAUUUCUAAACAAGCACAAAAAAUUACACAACAGCUUACAAUAACGACUGCGGCAAGCAUUACAAGACAAGAGGAUUUCUAAACAAGCACAAAAAAUUACACAACAGUUUACAGUAACGCCUGCGGUGAAAUGCUAAGAACAGCAUUGAGAAAAAAAUGCAGUCUAAGAACGCAGUUAAAUGAAAUUUGCAAGAGACGUUAAAGAAGUUAAUAUUUUGAUCUGAAAGCAAAUUAGCACAAGAUCUACGUACACAGCAUGAAUUGUGUACAGAAAGGUUUAGUAGAAGAGAGGCUUAGUAAAAGCUAAGGCCGAUCAGGCUUUGAUUGAGCAAACAGAAUGGCAAAAAAACGCUGAGCUGGGCUCGAUUGUAAAA